ACUCUUGGGUGCCUGCUUAUUUAUUUCAUUUUUAAUAUUUCUUCAAAGGUGUCCAAGCAGUAUUGAAGCACAAAAUAUAACAGGUGUCUCAGAAUUCCAUCUCCUGGUACUAUCCGAAGAUCCAGGACUGCAGCCCAUCCUCUUUGUACUGUUCCUGUACAUAUACCUGGUAACACUACUUGGGAACAUGAUAAUUGUUCUAGCUGUCUGCUCUGACUCCCACCUCCACACCCCCAUGUACUUCUUUCUAUCUAACCUGUCUUUGGUAGACAUCUGUUACAUCUCUACAACAGUCCCAAAGAUGAUUUUGAACAUGCAAACUAACAUAGGAGUCAUCUCUUAUGGGGGCUGUCUGACACAAAUGUCUCUCUUUUUGAUUUUUUUAUGUAUGGAUGAUAUACUUCUGACCACCAUGGCCUAUGACCGGUUUGUGGCCAUCUGCUACCCACUACAUUAUUCAGUCAUUAUGAAUCCUCUCUUAUGUGGUAUCUCAAUUUUGCUGUCCUUUUCAAUUAGCAUUUUGGAUUCUCAGCUGCAAAAUUUGAUUGCCUUACAAUUUACUUGCUUUAAAGAUAUAAAAAUUUCAAAUUUCUUCUGUGAUCCUACUCAACUCCUUAAUCUUUCCUGUUCUUUAAGCUUUACAGCUAGGUUAGUAAUGUAUUUUAUUGACACAAUAUUUGGUUUUGUACUGAUCUCAGGGAUUCUUUUCUCCUACUACAAAAUUGUUUCUACAAUUUUGACAUUCCCAUCAUCAAGUGGGAGGUACAAAGCAUUUUCUACCUGUCUUUCUCACCUGUUAGUGGUUUGCUUAUUUUAUGGAACAGGCAUUGGUGUGUACAUUAGCUCAACUGUAUGGCAUUGUCCCAUCAAAGUUGUUGUGGCCUCACUAAUGUACACUGUAAUCACUCCUAUGCUGAAUCCCUUUAUCUAUAGCCUGAGGAAUAGGGAAAUUAGUAGGACCCUAAAGAGACUCUGCAAUAGAACAAUAUUGACUGGGGACUUAUUGCAUCAAUUCAGUAUAUAG